CCAAGCCAAAGAUGUCGGGGCAGGGUGGGAAUAACGAAUUUGUACUGAUCGAACAUUCCGAGUGCAUCCGCCGCAUAAGUGACGAACUCGGCGAAGAACUAAAGCAACUGACAGCUCGUGUGGAGAGACUCGAAAAACGAAUCAUCAACGAACACAUUUUCUUGGCCUUUCAAGAAAAAAUCUGGGAUGUCCUGAAGUCAUUCAUAAUUCUCGUUUUUCCAAUGGCGUUGGUAUUUCUGAUCGAUCAUGUGUUCGACAACAUCGACCCCUAUCCCGCCCAAGAAAGUGCACAGCUCUUUCGCGAGCUCCUCGUUGUAAUGUUCAUGGGGUUCGGCAUCGGUUACGGCGUCCCAGCAUUUGUCGUCUCUCUCAUUGACCUAAACUACUAUCUGAACGGGUGCACGGAACAAGUGAAAGCCCGUCAAGACCUCAAGGAUCUCAUGCACGACUUGAAGAAAACUUGCGGGAAUGUCGCCGGACAAGAGGAUGCAGAGAAUCGUGACCCGGAAUGUGAAAAGGAGGAGGAAGAGGGCUUGGCAAGCGGCGACGUAGAGGAGGACGAAGAGGAAGUUGAUGGGCAGUCAGACACAGAGGACCCUAAAGACAAAUAAUUGCCUAAAAUCACUGGCCGUUUAAGAUAACUCGCCAUUAUACAUGCACUUUGUUUAAGUAAAUCAUUGCUAAAAUUUUCGAAAUGGUCACGUUUCAGUUUUGCCGUCAAUGCAUGAAUUUGUGAAGACAAUCAUAGCAAUUUUUCCACCCAGCUUAAUCUGUACUAUUUUGUAACAGAAAAGCCUUCAAUACAUGAAAUACGUCGUACAGUCUGUGAUAAUUUUUCAUCCACGGAUAAGGUAAAUAAAACUGAAGGGAAUAAUAAAAUGCA